CAUAAAUCAAAACAGUUGGUAACUUUGAAUUUCCCAAAAGUUCUAGUUGUUUGUUUAAACAAGGUGAACACUCAGUGGAGCGCUCUAUUGGUUUCUGGGAGGCGUGUUUGGCUUCAUGGAUUGCGAACAAGAGAUUAAGCUUUUCGGGAAGUGGAGUGCUGAUGAUCUUAAUGUACAUGAUCUCAGUCUGACUGACUACAUAAAUAUCAAGCGGAAAGGAAACCCAAUAGUCCCACAUACAGCUGGCAGAUAUCAAAUUAAGAGAUUUCGUAAGGCAUUAUGUCCUUUGGUAGAACGUGUAUGCUGUUCACUCAUGAUGCAUGGACGCAACAAUGGAAAGAAGGUCAAGGCAAUGAAUAUUCUUAAACAUACGUUCGAAAUUAUACAUCUUCUCUCUGGUGAGAACCCGAUCCAUGUGCUGGUCAAUGCGGUGCUAAACAGUGGUGCACGGGAAGAUUCAACCCGUAUUGGUCGCGGUGGUACAGUUCGUCGUCAGGCUGUUGAUGUUUCUCCUCUACGAAGAGUAAACCAGGCAAUCUAUCUUUUGUGCACCGGAGCUCGAGAGGCAGCAUUCAGAAAUGUAAAAACAAUAUCUGAAUGUUUAGCUGAUGAACUUCUGAAUGCCGCUAAAGGUAGUUCAAACUCUUAUGCAAUCAAAAAGAAGGACGAGCUAGAACGUGUUGCAAAAUCUAACCGGUAAUGUAUAUCUCUAAAUAAAGGUUAUGGACGUGUUU